CACGCCUGCACGCGCUCCAGGCACGCGCUCCUCCUCCACUACCACCUAUAUGCCUCCCAUUCGCGUCGCCCAGCAAGCGCGGCCCGCUCCCGCUGAGCCGCCCGCCCAGCGCUUCGCCUUUCCCAAGGACCACCACCUUGUCGUCACCACCCAACAGAAUGUCCUGUCGUGGGAUGCGCGCGGCUUGACCAGAGCAUUCACCUCCGGAUCCGGCGGAAUUCAUGCGGCCAAGGAAGCAAAAGAUGGGAGCAACUUGCUCGCUAUUGCCGACAGCCAGGUCGUGCUGUUACACGACACCAACCGCGGCAUGGAGAAGAGCUACAGGCUAAAAGGAACCGAUGGCCAAAUCCGACUCCUGGAAUAUUCCGACGACUCCAAGAGCCUCUUCUUCACCACCACCCUGCAGAAUGCUGUGCAGUCUUACUCCCUCCGUCGAUCUUGCCUGCUCGAGCCCGCACAUACGCACCCCUCGCCGCCGACAGUCCUAGCGACAUCCAACACCUCCCAUCUACUUCUCUCGGCCUCCGAAAACCCGCCCACGAUAUACCUCCAGAACCUGACGCUGCGCACCCCGCCUGUUCUUAUCCAGCCUCGCGCAUCGUCGUCCGCUGCUGUCACCGCUUCCUUCCAUCCGGAGCGUCCGAACGUUUUCCUCAUUGCAUUCAAGGACGGCACCCUCGCUGCGUACGAUGCGACUCGGAUAUUGGGCAAGAGCGCUCGGGGCGGGCAAGGCGGAGAGAUUGGUCAUUUCAAUGACUUGCACACUAGUAUUGGCACCGUCAGUAUUGGCAGCGUCGCGGUCGGAAUCACUGGCGCAGCGUUCCUCCCAGGCCACCGUUCCAGGGCGGUUAGUGUU